GCACGGCGGGGGCGGGGCCGGGCGCCGGAGCCUGGUUCCCGAGGCGCGGCGGCCGCGGCUGGGGGCGGGGAGGGGGGCGCAGGACCCCAGGCGGGGGUCCCGGAGCCGGAGGGCCAAUUCCCGUCCCCCCAGCAGCAUGGCUUCCUGUGCUGAGCCCUCUGCCUCGGGGCCUGAGCCCACUGCCCCACCGCCUGCUGGGGUCCCACCACUCGAGGACUUCGAAGUGCUGGAUGGGGUGGAAGACGCAGAGGGCGAGGAGGAGGAGGAGGAGGAGGAGGAGGAAGACCUGAGUGAGCUGCCACCACUUGAAGACGUGGGGCGGCCUCCACUGGAGGAGGCCGAGCAGCCUGGGGCCCUGGCCCGAGAGUUCCUGGCCGCCAUGGAGCCCGAGCCCGAGCCCGCCCCAGCCCCGGAUGAGUGGCUGGACAUCCUGGGGAACGGGCUGUUACGGAAGAAGACGCUGGUCCCAGGCCCACCCGGCUCGAGCCGCCCAGCUAAAGGCCAGGUAGUCACUGUACAGCUGCAGACCUCGCUGGAGAACGGCACUCGGGUGCAGGAAGAGCCAGAGCUGGUGUUUACCCUGGGCGACUGUGACGUCAUCCAGGCCCUGGAUCUCAGCGUUCCACUCAUGGAUGUGGGGGAGACAGCUAUGGUCACUGCUGAUUCCAAGUACUGCUAUGGCCCCCAGGGCAGCAGGAGCCCGUACAUCCCCCCACACGCGGCCCUGUGCCUGGAGGUGACCCUGAAGACUGCCGUAGAUGGGCCUGACCUGGAAAUGCUCACAGGGCAGGAGCGUGUGGCUCUGGCCAACCGGAAGCGGGAGUGUGGCAAUGCCCACUACCAGCGGGCCGACUUCGUGUUGGCUGCCAAUUCCUACGACCUCGCCAUCAAGGCCAUCACCUCUAGCGCCAAAGUGGACAUGACAUUUGAGGAGGAGGAGCAGCUCCUGCAGCUGAAGGUGAAAUGUCUGAACAACCUGGCAGCAUCACAGCUGAAGCUGGACCACUACCGAGCCGCACUGCGCUCCUGCAGCCUUGUGCUGGAGCACCAGCCCGACAACAUCAAGGCUCUCUUCCGCAAGGGCAAGGUGCUGGCCCAGCAAGGGGAGUACAGUGAGGCCAUCCCCAUUCUGAGGGCAGCCCUGAAGCUGGAACCUUCCAACAAGACGAUCCACGCAGAGCUUUCAAAACUGGUGAAGAAGCACGCGGCCCAGAGGAGCACAGAGACCGCCCUGUACCGGAAAAUGCUGGGGAACCCCAGCCGGCUGCCUGCCAAGUGUCCUGGCAAGGGUGCCUGGUCCAUCCCCUGGAAGUGGCUGUUUGGGGCGACUGCUGUUGCCCUGGGGGGUGUGGCUCUCUCCGUGGUCAUCGCUGCCAGGAACUGACCACCCAGGUGGCCACCACCCCCUUGCACACCAUGGACCCCACCCCGCGCUCCCUAACUUCCCCAGGCUCCCUGUCCACUGCCCUGUCUGAUCCAGCCCCCUCCUCUGGGGCAGGAGCAGUGAGGUGUGGGGGCCACAUGGCCCCAGUGAGACAGGAGGGACUAUGGCCCUGUAGGAGGAAAGUGAGGCAGGGCCCGGGCUCCAUGUCCAGCCCAGAGGGAGGGGGCCCUCAUUCCUCCAGACCCAAUUCCCAUCCCCACCCCCAUCCCCCUGGGUUAGGUCUCAACAGAGGCCAGCCUCAGUUUCUCCUUCCCAACAGGCCUGGGGGCAGCCCUUCCCCAACCCAGUCCCUGUCCAAGUGUCAGUCCCCACCCACACCGCCUGCUGCCCUCUGUCCAGGUUCUCCCUCCCACUCCUUCAAUGAAAUAAAGCCUCCUACCCCGCA